AUGACCCUAAGGCUUGCAGGUCAAGUGUCGAGCACCCUUCCUUUCUCAAGUGCGAAGGAGGAUUACGUCCAAUGCGGGCCCGUGGCAAUGCCUCACUCGCCCAUCGGGCCCGUGGCAGUGCCCAGCUACCCCCAAUUGCCCCCGAUGCUCCCCCAUCGGGCCUGUGGCAGUGCCCAGCUGCUCCCAAUUGCCCCCGACGCUCGCCCAUCGGGCCCGUGGCAGUGCCCAUGUGCCCCCAAUUGCCCCGACGCCGUCGUCGGGCGUGGUAGUGCGGUGCCCCGGUUGCACCACGAGCAGGCCCAUGGCGGUGCCAGCGCCCCGAUUGCUCCCCCGCCGGGCGUGGCGAUGCCUAGCGCCCCGAUUGCGCCCGAUCGGGCGUGGCGAUGCCAGCUGCCCCCAAUUGCCCCCGACGCUCGCCCAUCGGGCCCGUGGCAGUGCCCAGCUGCCCCUAAUUGCCCCCGACGCUCGCCCAUCGGGCCCGUGGCAGUGCCCAGCUGCCCCCAAUUGCCCCCGACGCUCGCCCAUCGGGCCCGUGGCAGUGCCCAGCGCCCCCCAGUUGCGCCCCUGAAUGGGCCCGUGGCAGUGCCCAGCGCCCCGAUUGCUCCCCCGCCGGGCCGUGGCGAUGCCUCGCGCCCCGAUUGCGCCCACGAUCGGGCGUGGCGAUGCCAGUACCCCUAA